AUGUCAGGAAGGCCUAAUCGUGGGCGCCCACAAAACGAAACACCCGAUGUUGCUCAUAUUGUAGCACAACAACUCAUGCAAGCAAUCCCAAACAUUGUUACUCAAGUAACUGCAAGACUUAAUGCUAACCAAGGAAGUAGUGGAGGAAAUCGAGGAAACAAUGAAAGAGAAUGCAACUACAAGUCCUUUAUGGCCUGUAAACCUAAGGAGUUCCAUGGAAAGGAAGGUGCGGUCGGGUUGCUGAAAUGGAUUGACAGCAUGGAGUCGGUCCUUCACAUUAGCAAAUGCCUCGAGCGCAAAAAAGUUGAGUAUGCAUCUUGCCUAUUCCAAGAUAGGGCAUUAACCUGGUGGAAUACUCUAGUGCAAACCCGAGGCCGUACGGCAGCAUAUCAACUAACUUGGGAAGAUCUAAAGAAGCUACUGGUAGAGGAGUAUUGUCCCAAGGACGAACUUCAGAAGCUUGAAUCUGAAUUCUGGAACCAUUCUAUGGUUGGAACACAGAUAGAGAAGUACAUAGUCCGAUUUCAUGAACUAGCAAAACUGGUACCUCACAUGGUUACUCCUGAGGAGAAACGGAUAGAUCGUUACAUCUGGGGUCUGGCACCAGAGAUUCGGGGAAUAGUUACCUCAGCAAACCCAACUAAUAUUCAAAGUGCAGUAAGUCUAGCAAAUAGACUAACCAAUGAUGUGAUAAGGAUGAGAGCAUCGACAAAGGAAAUCUCUAGUAGUAAGAGGAAGCCAGCAGAUCAGGGAGAGAAGAAGUAUGGAGGCAAGUCAGGGAGGAAGCAGAAAGUCUCAAGAAACUUUAUGGUAAGAGCCUAG